AUGACCAUCAUCAGCAACAUCAGUCAGAGCACCAUCCCACUCAUCUGCCUUGUCAUUGUAGUCCAUCACUGCCUAUCCACUUGUCUCAUCAAGCCUGCCCCAACUGCUGGUCCAUCCCAGCUUGCUAGCUUGGCCUGGGUAUCUCCAGCAGAAGAGAAAGAGGAGCAUGAGCAUGAGCAUGAGAACAAGGAUGAGGAUGAAGGUGGUGCCUAUGAUUGCAAUUACUAUGAUGAUUAUUGA